AUGACGGCUCUUGGAACCCAUCCUGCCGAACCACCGCUUCAGUAUCAGCCUGACCGAGCUCAAUAUGAGAAGCGAGGCCAACUUCGUAAGGAAACAGAGAACCUUCCUUCAACCCUCCCAACCGGAUUUCCCGCAAAAUUGGUGUCGCCUCUGGUUUGGGAUGGCAAAGAGAUGCAGAAGCGCACUGACUGGAUCUGCGAGCUGAACGAUGCUCAAUUGGAUGAGAUUGACAGAGCGCUCAAAAGUUUCAAGGCGCUCGAUCUGCCCCUCGGAUUCAUCGACCAGACGACAUUCCCCCUACCGAACCUCCAUGCUGAAUUGAGAAAGCUCUCCAGAGAACUGCAUCUUGGCCGUGGAUUUUUCAUAAUCCGUGGACUCCGGGUAGAUGAUUACUCGCGAGAAGAAAAUACGAUCAUAUAUAUUGGGGUCUCUGCCCACGUCGCUGACGUCCGCGGACGGCAGCAAGAUACCCGCUUCAACGCUGGGAAAUCCUUGAUUGUCUCGCACAUCAAAGAUCUCAGCCGAACAAGGGACGCUGCAAAGAUCGGAGCGCCGUCGAACACUGCUGACAAGCAGGUCUUCCACACAGAUGGAGGAGACAUCAUUUCUUUGCUGUGUCUGAACCCUUCCGCUCAGGGCGGGGAAAGCUAUAUCGCCAGUUCCUGGCAGAUCUACAACAUUCUAGCCCAGCAGCGUCCGGACCUGAUCCAUACUCUUUCGCAAGACUGGCCAUUUGACGGGUUCGGAAAUGUUGAGCGACCGUACUCGCAGCGACCUCUGCUGUUCCAUCAGCCCGCAACCCAAUCAAAGCCAGAGCGCGUGAUGAUGCAGUAUGCCCGUCGCUACUUCACUGGCUUCCAAGCGCAACCUCGCUCUCCUGAUAUCCCACCACUCAGUCAAGCGCAGGCUGAAGCCCUGGACGCGCUGCAUUUCCUUUCUGAAGACAACUGCGCCUCGCUAGAUUUUAAGAGAGGCGAUAUCCAGUAUAUCAACAACCACAGUAUUUUCCACGCCCGCAAUGGCUUUUCGGAUGAGCCGGGGAACGAGCGACACCUGUUGAGGCUUUGGCUGCGGGAUACUGAAUAUUCCUGGGACACUCCGGCGCCAUUGCGUGAACGCUGGGAGCAUGUUUACAAGGAUGUCAACCCAGCGGACCAAGUAUUCCCCCUCGAGCCAAAUGUGCACAAAUCCUUGGGCUCGUAGACCCUCAAGCUGGCUCCUUAUAACGAAAAGCAGAGCAUGUAUUUAUUUCUGAUCGCGACUUAUCCAUGUCCGAAUUUAACUAUAACAGGCUUACAACUUUCAAUGAAUUGUAGGGAUUGAAUGUGC